AUGCCAUUGACCGGGCACGUUGACAUAGUUACGGACCAAGACAACAAAGUUUGGACGUACAAGGUACCUACCAAGUUCCAGCAAACAUCGCUAAUUACAAUCGAUAUCGUGUUCGGCAACGGCGCCAUCGUGCUUCCACCACGGUUUCCGCUACCAGCUUUCAAGCAGGGAAGUCAGACCCGUAUUCCUCGAAAGCCUAGCUAUGUGGAAAUAAUAGUUCCAGUAACAAAUCCUCUACACGCCGAGCCCUUGUCCGACUUCAUAUAUCCCGUCAUCCUCGGCCCUGAUUCCUUGCCUACGGUUCUGAAUGGCUGGCAUCAGAAUCUUAGCGCUUUAAUAACUCUCGAUGUUGAGGAGCGUGAAAAGCGCGCCGGUCCAAUGGGGAUAUCAAGUCUCGGAAUGACAGCAAAUCAGCAACUUGACAUGAAGGAGUCAAUCUUUACUAUCUUCAUGCUCUCCUCAAAUCUCCACGGCGGCCAGACCGGCGUAUUCAUGUUACAGCACCCAGAUUUAGGUUGUGUCAUCAAUUUGGCUCCAACUUUGGACAUGGUUAAGGCAGGCGAGCUGACGUAUUUCCCCCUUGUGCUCCGAAAACUUGACUUUUGCGCAUUAAAUAUAAACGAUGAGGAACUUAGAGUCUGGCGCUGCCUCAUCCCAGCCUUCAUUGAACGUUGCAGGACCUGGUCACACAAAGCAAAGUGUGAAUACAAGAAAAUCGGUGCCACGAUCCCACUCAGCCAGAUCACCGGCGAGCAGUUCAUUUUGUAUUUGCGGAAAUGUAAGGCUACCGGAAGACCACCUGCUCCUGCUCGACUGGGACGCGGGGCCAAGUAUAUGGUGCGCGGUGCUAGCAACCUCACGUUCUCGGUGCCCUUUGUUGAGGGCAUCAUGGACACGAGCGCUCUUGGAAAAGAUAGCAAAUUGGAAUAUCUGAUGCUGAGGGAUCGGUGUCGCAGUUGUGGAAGGAAAGAAGGGGCUAACGGCAAGGGGCUCAAGGCAUGUUCAAGACGCAAGGGGCGUUUCGUACUUCUCAGGGGACUGCAAGAAGACUGA